UUAACUACAGCUAAGAACCAGGAAUCAUUCACCGCACGCAUUUGAAGCUCAUCGGUCCUGCUGUGUUUUCGCUUGGGAAAAAUGUGCAAGUUCACCAAUCGGUUGUUUGUCUUUGCCCUUUUGCUUCUGCCAUUUGCUGAAAUACAGGCCAAGCCCUUUGGUGGUAAGAUUAGAGCGGGGAAUUCGAAAAACGUGAUCAGCGACUUUCUGGAUGUCUUAUAUGAUGACUAUUCUGAGGAUGGUUUCCAGCGGGAGGACAUUCUGUACGAUCAAAGGCAAAAGGGCGAUGAGAACUAUCAGUUAAAAGUUGAUGGGAUGGUCAUCGGAGUGGCUCCGCAAUUGGGUUCCAACUUGAUGUACUCGUUGGCCGAAUAUUAUUUAAGUGAACUGAUGUUGCGGAAACAGGGUUCAGCAACACAAAUGUUCGAAAAGGAUCCGGUUAUAGAUCCAGAGUCUGUUGGUCCCGAAGGUGUUACUGAUUUUCCAGAGCUAUCCAAAACUGAUAUGGAAAGUUCUAAACGGUCUCCAUCGCAACUGCUUCAGUUACUCAAAAUGAUAAAAGUUCUAAAGCCUAAAAUAAUACCUUGA